UUUCCUGCACAGCUCUUCACUUCUUCUCUAUUGUAACUCACUUAACUUUUCAACGAGUCUUCAUAGGUUAUACUAUUCAAGGUAAAUAUGGGUAUCUCCAAUUAUUUCCAUGAACUCAAAACUAAUGUUUCUCCCAAGAGGCUGUUCAAGGCUUUGAUCACCGAUAACCACGAUGUUUUGCCGAAAGUCUCCCCAUCCAUCAAGAGCAUUGAGACAAUUGAAGGAGAUGGUGGUGCUGGAAGUGUCAAAAAAAAACAAACUUUUCUGAAUCUGAAGAACAUGAAGACCAAGGUUGACUCCUUGGACAAAGAAAACUACGUGGCCAAGUUCACUUUGGUUGAGGGAGAUGCCCUUGGUGAUGAGCUUGAAAAGGUAUGUUACGAGAUGAAAUUCGAGGACUCAAAGGAUGGAGGAUGUGUCCUCAAGAUCACCAGUGAGUAUCAUUCAAAGGGUGAUAUUGUACCUAAAGAAGAGGAUAUUAAAGCAGCACAAGAACAUACUAUGGAGCUCUACAAGUCUUGCGCAGAUUACCUGAUUGCCAAUCCUCAUGUUUGUGUCUAAAUAAAAAACUUUGUUCUACUCUUCCAUUGAAGUUUGUUCUUAUCCAACUAUUAUCCAAAUUUACUGUACAACAUUAAGAUGAAAUUUUAGCAAUGUUCAGGUCGUUGCCUUAAUAAAGCGAAUUUGUUUGUUUAUUUC